UUUACGAAUGAUUUUGUCAUUCAAGUGAUUGUCAUUGUCAAAUUACGACGUUGCAAAUUGCAAUUUUGUGUUAUUUUUGUGUUUGUAAUUAGCGCAAAUUUUGUGAUAACAUAAUCAACAUCCUUUCAUUGUUUCCGUUUUAGGAUUUUGUUAUUUGUGACGCAUUAGCAAAAUACAUCCAGCUGCACCUCGUUUCGCUUAGUAUCGUGUUUGAUGGAUUAAAAAUAGUUUAAUGAAAUACAAUGACAUCAAAAUUGGAGAACAGUGAUGACGAGUCGUUCAUUAUCCUGGACCAGUCCCCUGGGUCUAGCCUCGGCAUGAAGUGUGACAGUCUUGAAAAUGGCGGUUGCAGAAUUGACAAGGAGCAUUUGCAGGAAGCCAUCGAGGACCUGCCUGGAGAAGUCAAUUUGGCGUUUAAAGCGCAUUUUAAAAUUGACGAUUGCCCGUCGCCAGCUAGCAUGAUGGUGGCCAGUACGAUAGUGACCGAUGAGGGCUCCACCGAAGAGUUGCAGAAACGUUUCGCUGAGAUAUUGGACGAGAACGUCAUACUGAAGUCCUCGCUGCAGCAAAACAAUGAUUCAAUGAAGCAGCAGUUCAUGCUGAUCAAGUCGUGUCAGGAGGAUAUGAUGAAAACACAUCUGAUGCAUAAGGAAAAGUUUGAAGAGACCAAAGAAUUAAUUGAGAGACUGCGUCAAGAAAACAAAAAGCUCAAGCAAGACGUCUCCCGUCUAAUGGAGAAGGAGGCGCUCGCCAACAAUGAGAGUGGUGACCAAGUGAAGUCAGGCCCGCCGUCGGCCGUGGAGUUCGUAGCUUCCCCCGACGACGACACCAUCAACAAACUCACUGCGCAGUUGGAACUCGUCGAGAAACAAAGGAGACAGGUUAUAGUGGACAACGAGAAGCUGACGUGGCAGAAGGAAUCGUUGGAGCACAUCGUGGACGCCACUUCCAAAGAGAGGGAUGAUAUCAAAGAGAAACUUAAAGACCUUGAGCUACAAAUGUCAAACAAAGAAUCAGAAUACAAUAUGGAGAUUGAUAAGCUGAAGUGUCACAUACAAGAUCUGCAAAACCAACUGGACGCUGUCAGCAACACUACGUACAUGUCGACAGAACAGAUAAGCCAGCGCGAUUCCACAAUACAGCAGCUGGAGGCGAAGGUGGCCAGUCUACAGACCAACCUCAAGAACGCACAGCUCAAGAUCAUGGAAAUGGAAAAUGUGAAGUUGGAGUACAGCAAAUACAAAUCUGAAGUGGCGAAGACUGUGAAAACUUACAAGGAUCAAGUGCAAGAGAUGCAUACGAGACUCACUGAAGCUACAACCACGAUGUUCCAACCAGUAAGUCUGUCGCUAGGCAGUGAAACUGACAGCACUGGUUCGAACAAUCUCAAAAUAUACAACAGGACGUUGAAACAUCUGAGUGAUCUACUGAACAAGUUAACGCAUGGGUUAUCAGAUAGUCUGGUGGAAACUCUAGGUGCUUCGGCCAGUUUGUGCGACCUAAAACUGGAUAAUACCAGUGUAGACCAGUUCAAAGCCGGCCUCGACGAGAUCAAACAACAGUUAGAGAGACAACAUAGCGACGCUCUGGGCAAUAUCGGUCAAGUGAGAGGCACACUAUCGAUAUUCGAAGGCAUAUUCAAGGACUACAACAAUCUCGUCGAUAAGUUGAAUCAGCAGCAACCACGCGCGCCGUCGUCGGACGCGGCGAUGCUGUCGGCGGCGCUGGCGGCGCGCGACAAGGAGCUGCGCGCGCUGCAGCUGCAGCUGCACACGCUGCGGGGGCAGAAGGAGGAUGUUGAACUGCUGCGCGCGCAGAUCGACGUCUACAAGAACGAUUUCGAAGAGGAACGCGAGGCGCGGGAGAGAAUAGCGGCGGAGAAGGACAACAUCCUCGCUGACCUACAGGGUCUGCAGAGACGGAACCAGGAUCUAAUGAAAGAGUUACAAGAAAUUCGAAAGGCGUCACGUCCGGCGUCCGCCGUCUCGACUUCCGGUGCCGGGGCCAGUAGAGUCGCCACUGAGAAUAGGGUUUACAAAUGUCCCAAAUGCAUGAGAUUCAAGACUCAAAUCUACGAAACGAUGCAGGAGCACUUGGACUUCUGCCUGGACGAUUGACGCUUAAGGAUGAUGAGCAGAGAAAGGUGGGAAGUAACUCCAAGCCAUUAAAAUAAGAAUUUAUUUGACAAGGUGUAAACGUCAUUGGAGCGAUUUACAGCAGUUCUUCAAUAAACGAUCCCAAUCUCAAUCUGCAAUCCGAUCCCGAAAACGAACCAAUCAAAAUAAUUCAUUUGUAAUCAUAGACGCAUAUUCUAUAGACACGAACGUUCAUAUAAACUACUUGUUUAAAAUCUGGAGUUAGAACUAAAGUUCGCUGCAGCGCUAAAACAUCAAUCGUCGUCUUACCAAUAUUUAAAUAUGCAGUGCUAAAGCGCUUUAAAUAGAGAAUAAGUAAAAUGGCAACCAAUGCCGGACUGCAGUACACUUCAGUUGAACACAGUGAGUGUUCGGAACGCCAGAUCUAGUACGUAGUAAAUACAUAUGUAUAGAUGUUUGUAAUUAUAUAAAAAAAAAACUUUGUACUUAUUGGUCCAUUUUUGAGAUAGAUCGAAAAAAGAGAUUGGGAUCGAUUAUUAAAAAAUGGCGGAUAGUAUGAAUGUAGAUAUAUGUAGUUAUGUCGAAAAUUGUAGUUACAGUUGAAAUGUAGUUUUUGAUAAUGGUUUACUGUGAUGCCUUUAAGAAACAUUUUUACUCGGAAUUGUGUUAAUGCAUUGUGUUUUGUGAAUUUAAAUGUAUUUCUUUUUAAAGUUACAUGUCAUUUAGAAAAUUGGGAUCUCCAUUAAAAAUUAAACAAUUGAUGAAUCAAAACAAUAAUUACAGUGGUCAAUGGUCAGAUAGCCCCUCAAAAUAAAUAAGUCUAAGUGAAUAAAAUUAUUGUUGUUGACCAUAUUUUAUGAUACAUUUUCACGGAUAUAGAUUAUGAUUAUUACAUCGUCACACAAUAAUGUUCCUUGUUUACACAUGUAGUAGAGUGUAAAUUUAUAUACAAGGACAUUUUGAUAUUGCGUUAUUAAAUAAAUACACAUAUUUCUCGAAAAUAACACCACGAUAAGUUACUAAAAUGUAGAUGUAAAAUAAAAGUGUGUUUGGAACAAAAUAAUUAUGUCAAUAAAAAGUAUUUUUUAUUUUACACAGUCUAAUGUCUUUCAUACUAGUCUAAAAAAGUAGUCGCAGUGGCAACUAUACACUUACAGUCAGAAAAAUACUCACAAACAUACCAUAUUCCCACUAAACUACAAUGUAACAAAAAUCAGAAAGUAUAUUUGGUCAAGAUAUUCAUUAUUCAUGCAUGAUUUUUGGGACAAUUUUACCAGAGGUAAUGACGAGUAUGUGGUUUUUAUUUAUUAACGCAAUAACAAAAUGACCCUGUACAAGCAUAGUUUAGCACCUUUUGCGGCCAUUAGAUACAAUUUCAAACGUCACGCACGAUUGUUUGCGAUAUUUUUAUUCACUUGUAACACUUUUAUAGUACGAUUAAAAAUCGACCAUUUCAAUAAGUAUUCCGUAAUAUAUAUUUCGGCUGCUCGCGACAUGAUUAUCGCGCAACAUUUUGCACCUGAAGUUCUAAGGCACUGCGUACUGCGAUUAAAAAACGCACGCCACCAGAAUACAGACGAGCGAUUUUUUAUUGCAGUCCGCGUUGAAUAAGCGAAUUUGUUUACAAUAGAUCUUAUUUACCUUAAAGUAUAUAUCUUGCCUUAAUGGUAACAUAUAGUGACUGUCAGAUUAGUAUAAAAAUAGUAUUUUACCACAACUUAUGACCGUAGGUUCAAAAUAUUUAGACAAACAAGUAUUGCGUCUAUUGCAAUGUAAAAUUUUAUGGAAGUCUUGAAACUUCCGCUAGCUAAUUUUCUGUGCCAUGUUCUUUAAUCACAUAUAAUAGAUAUUCUUAAGGCAAUGAAGGUUUUUCUCCACGACACUGUACGUAACACUUGGGAUCAAAUCAGAAAAACAGAUUAGUGACGAAAAUACUAAAUUCAAAAAUUGUAAUCAACCUUUGUACCUGGUUUAAUAACGUAAAUUAAGGUAAAUUUAAAUUUUGUUUAUGUGGCAUAUUGCAUACAUUGAACUAUCAAAAGUAUUAAAAUAUACCGUAAAAUAUUAACCCUAUGUGUUAACGUAUAAAGCUGUAUUUCAAUUAUCGAAAUUAGACUGUACCUUUAAGAGCUUUUUUUUUGUACCUCGCCCAAGGAGGAGCACCUCAUAGCUUUUGUACCUCAUGCCAGAACGGCAACAGAUGCUUAGCCAAUUUAAUAUAUAUUAACAAAACCUUAUAAGCAAUAAUUCGAGUGCUUUUACGUACGAUUAAAAUCCGCGAAGUUUUACAAACAUAGAUGUAGAAAAAUAUUACAUUAAUUCAUUUACUGUUACGUUUAUAUUAUGUAGAGUUAAAAUAUACAUUAAAUUUUAUACUUUGGUUACGGCAAAGUACCGUAGAAUAUUUAAAAAAGUGAUCCAAAAUCUAUAGGGGUUAUUUUACGCCAUAAAAAUUGUAUUUAGACUAAGGUCACACUACGGUUUUCCGCCUCAGACGAAUGGUUUGCGCUACCGCAAAAAAUCGCCGGUGCGUUCGUUUGUAUUAAUCUUUGGAUUACAAAACGACGCGCGGUUAAUCGUAGUGGAGCUUUAGAUUUUUUUAUAGUUACCACUUACCAGUAUCCGAUUAUAGCGUGCGUUAAAGUAUUAUAAGUCGAAAUUUCGGUAGUAUUAUGUACUUUAAUUAAUGUUUCCUUUUAUAUUGAUGUCGACUAUUAGACUGGUUUGGUAAUUCAGUUGUGAUGAUUCCAUUAAGCCUUAUAUAUUUUAAUAUGGGAUCUUCGCGUUCGUAUCAUCGUUAAAUUCGUUUUUAUUGUUUAUGUCUACGUACGAUAUAUAUAGUAGACUAAAGUCAUACAAUAUUAUAUUAUAUAUAAAUUUUAGUAAAAAUAAUGCAUAUAGUCACAUUAACUGCCUCUUUCUACAAUCGAUCCCAAUCGCUUUUAUCGAUCUAUCUCAAAAAUUGACCAAUCAGAACAAAGUGUUUUUGACAAGCUUACGAAUGACUCAUUUUGAUUGGUUCAUUCUCGGAGUCGGAUUGAAGAUUGAGAUUGGAAUCAUUUAUUGCAAAAGGCUGUAAGAGAUGAGUACGAAAUGGUGAAUUUCAAAUUAUAAAUUAGAGAAUAUAUUACAAAAAUGUAUUAUUAUUUCUAAACUAUGAGGAUUUAAAUUCAUAUUAUGAUUUUUCUUUCAAUUUCUAAAUUUGCUUAAGAUAAUUGAGUGUAACAUAUUUAUAAAUUUAUUUGAAUAAAUUUCAACUUGUAAAAACUUUGGAAGUGAGAUAUCUAUAUUUUGUUUAUAAUGCAUAUUUAUUUUAUUAAUAAAAUUGUUUCAUAUAUUUGGAAGAUUUAAUUUUGAUUUUCUGGUAUUAAAUUUUAAUGUAAUUCAGUUGAAAUAUAGAGUACUUUUUUUUUACGAAUAUACUUGCAUUUAUAUGGAAGAAUGUGUUAAAAAUAAAAAAUGAAUAUAAAUAAAUAUGCAUUUGCUCUUAGCGUCUACACAAUGUCAAAGAUUACCAAAAGUUAAGUAUGUAUCAUAUGUGAAAAUUUAUAUUAUGCUAGUGUAAAUUAUAUAUACUUAAAUAUAUCCGUAAUCCGUUUUGGAAACUGAAAUAAUAUUUUAAUCCGACAAUACCGUGUAAGUCAUCUCUAUAGUGUUUUAAAAAUCUAACAUGUCGGUUUGCCGUCUCACCGAACUAUGAGAGUGAAGGGACAGAGAGUGCUUGUGUAUUGCGCACACACUUGUGCACUAUAAUAUAUCCUGCGGUUGCUGAUCUCCGUUGAGAUUGGCCGCCGUGGCCGAAAUUCGGUCAGGAAGGAAUCAAAGAGCUAACAGUACGUCUCAUUUACGAGAUAAGAGUUAUCAAGACUAAUAUAAUUAUACGCAUGUAUAUGAAAUUGUUCUGAACGUAAUAUUUGUAGAAAAACUGCUUUAAAAAUAAAAUAUUCGACUUACACGGUAUUGAAAGCGAUGAAACGACUUUAAAUACUUCCUCUAAAACGUGAAUAUAAACCGACUGGAAGCUAUCAGUCUUACUUAUAAAACUUUCGCAAAGUUAUGCUUAGUUAAAACACAAAUUAACUCGAACACCUGUAAGUCAAAACCCGCCAUCUUGCCUGUUAAUAAGGUUUAAACUAGGAAACCGGUGAUGUUUUUGACAGCUAUUUAAGCAAUUCUUAAUCACCUCUUAACGCUAAAACAAGUUUAUAAGUAAGACUGUUAAUCUAAAUAUUUGUCACAUAAGUGGUAUAAAUGACACCUGUCAUAUGUCAAUUUCAAAUGUCAUGUUAAAAUUGCCAGUAUACAUAUCGGUUAUAUUGUUGCAAAUUUACGAUAUAUUACAUAGCAGAUAUAUAUACUUAGCAGAUAUGUAUAAAAUUGUGUAGUUAUUGUAUGUAUGUAUUUUCGGUUAGUUGUAAGAUAUUGAUUAUGAGUGUAUUAGUUUUGUGAUAUUUGAAUUUGAGUAUUUUUCAAACUUAUUACAUUUUAGUUUUGUUGGGUGUAAAUUAAAAACAAUAAUAUUAUGUAAAGGUAUUGUUUGUGAUAAGAUUUUCUUUUACUUUUACGUUAAGAGCUCGUCCUGUUAAAAAAUGUUAAAUCAAAAUCAGAAACAAAACUAACUUUACAAAUUCUUAUUCUCAUUAUGUUCUUUUGUGUGCAUAACAAAGUUUUUUCCGCUAUGAUAUACUUAAACAAAAAAAAACUCUAAAUAUUAAAUUUAAAAAAAAAUCCGUAUAAGUUUAAAAUUUGUAAAGUUGUUUUUGUUGCUGACUACGUGUUGUUAGUUAAAUCAUAUCCGUACGCAGCUUGAGUUUCACACUAAAUGAAAUACCCGAGUUGUGUUUUGUGAAUUACAUAUUCAGCAAUUGUAAUCAAAAUGUGGUCUAACAUGAAACCUCUGUGUGGAUCAGAUCUUAGUCCAACCAUAGAGAUCCAUUCACAAACAGAGGAAAAAAUGAAGUAAUUUGAAAAUGGAACGCCCAUAAUGCUGUAUAAAGAGAAAUAUAAUCUGUGUGCAAAGAAUUUCUUGCGUAAAUUUGACUGUGAUAAGCACAACUGUAAACAUUGUUUAAAAACAAUAUAUGUGUAUUAUUAAUAA